GUUGAAGGUCAUUGAAGGCGGAAUGUUCGGUCCUGUGGCCACUCACAAUUUGUGUUAACUAAAAGUCUGAAAUGCAAAUAUAGAGUGGAAUUGUAUAUUUUUCCAAUUCAAAAUCAUUAACAUAUUGAUGCUGCUUUGGAAUACUGCCAUUGGUAUCACAACGCACCCAUAUAAUCUUCAUAGUUUCACUGUGACUUGAGGACACUUAGUGUUUUUGCCAUUUUAGUACCAAGUAAACUACAUUCACAUCUGUUAUUACAUAUAAAUGUCGAUUUGAGCCGCUUUACGCUUUUGAAGCACUUAGAUAAAUGCAUUUAUCAUAAGUACUGUAAUGGAUGACUUGAGUAAACGAUUUGAUUUCAAGCUAUCGGCACAGGGAAGCGGUAUGAGAAAUUAUGGUGCCCAGUCCAGGUAUAUGUUGUCUGUUAAUCGUCUUCCCAAACACACUGAUUCUCCGCCUACUUACCAUAGAUCUGCCAUCAGUUUGGGACCUAAAUCAGGUUCCACUUUGUGGAAUAGCAGCACAUCAAGUCUUGGUGGCAAUGUAAGCGAUAGGUUGAAUGGCUUAAAUGAUCGAUUUGCAAAACUUGACUUUAAUGAAAGUACUGAAUCAAGCAAAAAGUUGUGCAAUGGUUACCACAAUGAUUAUUGUUCAGUCAAAAGUCUACAGUCUAUCGAUCAACGGGACUCUUCAGGAAUCAAUAUCAACAAUAGUGGCAAGAAUUCUGCACGUCAUUUAAAUGCUUCACUAGCUAAUCCUUCUCCUCGUGCACAACAAGUUAGUCUUCCAGUGAACUCUUGUCACUCAUAUCACAGAGGUGGACUUGUAGGACUUAACAAUCUUGGGAACACUUGUUUCAUGAAUUCAAUCCUUCAGUGUUUAAGUAAUACAGCUCCUCUGACGGAAUAUUGUUUGGAGGAUCGUUAUUUAAAAGAUAUCAAUAAAUCAAGUUCAAUGAAUGGAAUGUUAUUUCAAUCAUAUGCUGAUUUAAUGAAAGAAAUUUGGGAUCCGGAUAUGACCAAUUCAUCCACUAGUCCAAGUCGAUUUAAAAGUCAAAUUCAACGAUUUGCUCCACGUUUUAUGGGAUAUUCUCAACAAGAUUCACAAGAAUUCUUACGUUAUGUAUUAGAAGGUCUACAUAUGGAAGUGAAUCGUGUUCAAAAACGGCCAACUCCAAUUAAACCAAACUAUGAGGCGGAAGAUUGUCUCCCAGACAAUGAAAAAGCAGAUCUCUAUUGGAGACGAUAUUUAUCUAUGGAUAAUAGUGAAAUUGUAGAUCUGUUUGUUGGCCAAUUAAUGAGUACACUGGAAUGCUGUGAUUGUUCAUAUCAAUCGACUACAUUUGAUCCAUUUUGGGAUUUAAGUUUACCGAUACCAAAAAAACCAAAUGUCAAUAUAUUGGAUUGUUUAAGUUUGUUUACGUCAAAAGAAGAACUGGAUGGUAAUGAAAGACCGAAUAACGAAACAUCUGAAUUGAAAAAUAAACCUGAAAACAAAAAUAUGUGUAAACGUGGUUGUGGCUUUUAUGGAAGUGUUCGAUUUAAAGAUAUGUGUUCCAAAUGUUAUCAAGAAUACAUUAAAUGUGAUUCUUCUACCUUGGAACAAGCUGCACGUGUUCAUUCCGCUUCAAUUGAUUUAUCAGAUAAUCGUAAAUCACAACUUUUAGAUUGUUGUGAACACUCUUCCAAAGAUUCUACUUCACCUCCGUCAGAUGAUGAUCCUCCUACUACAUCGUCUCAUUUAUCUCAUGCACUUAAACGAAAGGCAGAUCCCUCGAUUUCUGAAGAAGAAACUUCCAAAGCCAACCCUUCAACUUCCCGUCCCAUUCUACGUAUCAAUCGUUGCACUUGGUGUCACAAACGUGUUGGAUUGACAGGUUUCGUUUGUCGUUGUGAUGGCCUAUUCUGUUCAUUGCAUCGAUAUGCUGAUCAACAUGAAUGUGCUUAUGAUUAUCAAGCGAAUGGUCGUCUUGAAUUAGCUCGCGCCAAUCCAGAAGUACGUUGUCCGAAAAUUCGUAAACUCUAG